AAUGUCAAACCAAAUCUUGUAGGAAAGGAGGAUACCCAGAGGUAAAGGAUACAAAAUUCUAGAUGAUGUUUGAAAUGUUGAUAAAUAUUGAUAGUUUCUUUUUGUUUCAGCUGCCCGAAUGUUUGAUGUGUUUGAUGUGGGUGUUAUGGAAUGUCUACAGUGGCGGUUGAUGUGCGUAGCACAAAAACAGAAUGGAGGCGUUGCGCACUCUCCGGGUCAUUCCUUCAUUGUCAAGCCUCAGGUUCUUGCAAGACGUACUUGUACAAAGGGAAUUAAUGAGGCUUUAGUUAGAUGGUAUCCCCCGGGAGUUUUACCUGAUGAGUGGGUAGCAGUGGAUAAGCUUGAGGCAGCAAGAACUGUACCCCUAGAACAGAUGUCCCCUGAAGCCAAACAGGUUGUCUCUCGUUUAUGUUACCCAAGUUUAGCACCGCCUAUAAAACACAGGCGCAAGCGCCCUGCGUGUCCAAAAUCUUUACCUUUAGAGCUAUCAAAAGCUGUCUGAGCUUAGGGAUGUUUCUUUUUUAUUAUAAUUUUUUUUUAGACAAAAAUAGGUCAUGAUCUCAUUCCAAUACGGAGUAACACAUUUUGUGUGUGUGUGUGUGGUGUGAGCAUUCCCCCUGGUGUUGUGUUAGAGGGAAGCUGUAGUGCCCUUUGUUGGAGCUCAGAACAUUGAAAUUUAUUAUGGAUUAUGCCAAUCCAAGUGAAUGGACCAAAUAUUGGACCAAAAAAAAAAAACAAAAAAAAAGGAAAAAAAAAAAGAUAAUGUGCUAACUAGAAAAGGAGCAUGUAUCUGUGUGUACAGUUGAUGGUGUAUAUUUGUAAAUAGUGUGAGAGUUGAACAACCAGCAUAGUUUGUCCACUGCCAGGAGCUCUUAUACUAUUACUGUGUCUGUAAGGGUCAUAAGACCAGUGUUAGGGUAUUAUGUAUCAGCCUUGUGAGCCAACAUUGCUGCUCCCACAAGAUUUAUGGCAUCUUUCCACACCACUGAAGUGAUUUUUAUAUAUCCUACUUUUAUUUAUUAUUAUUAGUUUUCAAUAUGUGAAUAUUCAAGUUUACUCUACUGAGUAUUUCCAGCUGCUGAGUCACUGCAUUACCAUGUUUUUAUGUGAUAUUGAUCCUCGUAUGGGAUUAGGUUCUUAUCAGUUUGAAAAAAGGACAGCUGCCAUUUAUCACUGUAGUGGAUUUGCAGUGAAGAUAAGAGGCCACCUGAGAUAACAUCACUGCCAGACAUCAGGAACAUCUAAGCCAGACCAGGCCACUGAAAGCAAAACGGGUGCCCAUUAUGUCUUUGUCUGAUUGUCAGAUACCCCUUAUUACUCUGCAGCAAACUUUCAACAUGCGUAUUACUUUGCUGUCAGAGUUUAAGAAUCUUGUCUGUAUUUUUUUCUUUUGUUAUUAUUAUUUUUUUCACUAUUUUAAUUUAAGAUAAAUGUUGAUGUAUAAUUUUUUUUGUCCUUCAAAGUUUGGACAAAAGUGGGGGUCUGGCUGCAGAUGGUUCCAUGUAUGCCAACACUGCCCAGUAAGAUAAGAUUAAUUAUUAUUUUAUUGUAUUUUAUAUUAUCUUAAUGUUUUAUUCUUCUGCUGAUGUUUCCUCUAUGCUGUCUUCAUAGGGUUGUUUUCUUAUGGAAUACCUGAAAGAAGAGUCUUACCAGUUUCUGGUAAUUACAGCUAAAGUUUUUAUGAUCUUUUUUGUAUUGCCUCUUUUUAAAACCUAACAUGUAAUGUGUUAAUAUUAUGUAUUUUCAUUGUUUUAUUUGUUAAUCACUUUCUGUUAUCUUUAGAAUUUCUUUUAUAGUUUCUGUGCUUGAUCAUUCUGUCAUUUACUUCGCAGAAGGUAAUUUGAUAUUUCUAUGAACAUUUUUAGCCUCCCAUAUUGUCGUAGCCCAACAUUGGUGCCAUAUUUUAAAAAGUUUGCCCACCCAUACCGACAUUACAUACCCCGCCUCACCAACAGAUACACAGCAGUUAUGCUCAAUGUGAUCUCUUGUAGGAUGCAGGGACUGCGAACCCUGACCCCAACAUUGAGUUUGGUGGAAGACAAUUGCAGGCCUGAGUUGGGAAUAUUCUUUUUAUGAAAUGUCUUUGAAGUGGAUUUCAUUGUUGCUGCUAUUUGAUUAUCAUGAGUAAUACAUUCAUAAGAAUAUUGAUUUUGAUUUUCAUGGUUUAAUGAUUUUGAAAAUAUUGCUUUGCUUAUUGUAAUUGAUUUUAAAAUCUAAAAGUUACUUAUACCAUCUUUGGCCUAAAUUAUCUUCUACUGGACCAUUAGAAACCUGGUAAGCUCAGCUUAAUGCUGAGCUGCUCCGUUGUACUAGUCACUGUGGGGUGUGUAGGAUUGCUACCUUGUUAUAUGAUAGGCAAUUUUUAUUUAUCUAUUUAUUUUUUUUUUAUUGAUUUUGUUAUUCUCCCUCCUUUUUGGGAAGAGCUCUAUCUGAUAGCCAGAAAAAGGUAAGGAUCUCAACUGUUGUUUAGGGGGAAAGAAAAAUGCAGCAUGUUGGUGUUAAUGCGACAAACAGUCGUGGUAGUUAUGGAUCUGCUGUCUCAGGUUCCUUAUGUGAUAUGUAUUACCUCAGCUGUUCUAAAUAGUUUUUGGACAAAACUUGGGCAUUUUUUACCUACUGAAUCAAACAAGCCACUUGAAUGCUAGUUCCAAUGAAUAUUAGAAUAGAUGAGCUCUUCCUAAGAAUCAAAAUUUUACUUCCUAUUAAACUGUGGUUGUUAUUGGUGCCUGUUUAAGUUUUAAAGUUAAUGACCUGCAACCCUACACACCAUCCCCUCUGCCCGCCCCCUCCCCCUCCCCAUGGGUCCUGCACCUCCGUCAGGCUCACAGUUGCACUCCUGUGCUGAUAUUAAUAUACCUGUUUUCAUAAAAGAUUGAUUCUGGUUAAGAUAAAAAGAAUUGCCUUAAUUGUCUGGAAUGCAAACAAAUAUGUUAAACUUUCUACAUAACUGGUUACAAGAAUCAAAUAAGUUUGCCAUUGCACCUCUUGGAUGAUUAUCAAUUGUACAACAUUAUGGCAUAUAUCCAGUUGGCACAUUUUCUGCUGUAUCAGCAGUCUAACCAUUUUGCACAAAAAGAAAAAAAAAAAGAUUUUAUGCAUUUAAAUGAAAAAAUUGCAUCAAUUUUUUCAACCAGUUUUGUUGUGUGCAAUGAGUGUGUGAGAGUGUAGGAUCCCCCUGGACCCACCAGGUACACCUGCAGUAUUCCCAUACGUUGGCAUGUUCAUCGUUUGUUUUAGUACCCUGGGGAUGGCUACAGCCUAUGCCAUAUGCAAAAUAUACAUCCAUUUUCAAGUUUGUUUCAUAUGUUUUAUCCUAACCUGUUAGGAUUAGGUUAUUCUUGUAUUUAUUUAUGUAUUUCUUUACUGUUGCCUUCAGUACAAUGUAACUUAUCUUCUGUCAAUGUCAUGUGUUUAUCAUUGACACUACUGCUGUUAUGUUGAUUUUUUUGUACUUUUUUAUAUUAUAUACUCACCCUCAGUGUCCAUAGCACAAUGGGAAGCAAGGCAGAUCAGAAAGAAUAGUGUACAGUAUAUUCUUCAUUUUGAUGAAAUAUAGCAGUAAUGGGAUACAAGAAAACAGAUUAAUAAGUUGCCAAGACAGAUGUGUGAGACAGACGUCAUGAGAUAGGUUUAGAAAACAAGUACUAUCACAUAUGUAGAAAGACAAGACGUGCCAAGACAGACUUAGUAUGAGAGAUGUUCUAAGCUAGAUAUACUAAGGGAGCUGUAAUAAUAAAACAGUUAGCAUUGGUCAGACAGUGGAUGUGGUGUUUGGGCUGUCACAACAUGGGCCAAUUUGAACAUGUUCUGCUUGUGGUAGAUGAUGCCAUUAAUAUGAUGAGGUUGUAUUUUUAGGCAGUACUAAUUGUAAUGACUAAUGUUCAAAUACUAUUUACUUUUUAUUUAUUUAUUACCUUUUUUUCUGUGUAAGUUACAGGGCACAGCUCCUGAUGUACUUAAUUUAGGGGUGCCCCAUAAUGGUUUAAUGAUAUCCGAACAUCACUGUUAAAAAGGGUGGAUAUAUAUCAUGUUUACUGUUGUGUUAAUUGUGUAACAACCAUGCUAGUACUGGUUAAGUUCAGAUUAUCCUCAUUUUUUUGUAAUUUAAAGAAUCAAUAAUUAUUUAUUCCCUCAUGUUCAGUUCGCUCAAGUACUGUGUAUUGAAAAAUCUUUUUGUGCUCAAUUUAGUUUGAUUCUCAUUAUUAUCUAUGUGGCUGUGUAAUCCCUGAAAGGCCGGGGGUUUGUUACACAAUAGCUAACUUUAUACACAUUAAUGAUAUUGAUACACAUAGUAAUUUAUAGUGGCAGCAGUACAGAAAGUAUUUAGAAUUAUACCAAUCAGGCAACUCAGAAAAAGACAUGUAAUUCAUGAAUUGUACAGUCACUGAUAGUUAAUGAAGGUUGAUCCUUUGGCACAUUUAUGUACAUUUGUAUGUGACUUUAUUUAGAUUUCCAUUAGAUACAUUUAAAGACUGUAGGUGAAUAAAUAAUUGUUUUGUAGUAAAACAAAAAAGAAUAAAAAAAAAAUCAAAGGAACAGUCCAUAUUACCUAUCAUUCUUGGCUGCCAUUAGUUGAAUUGUUGAAAUAUAGCAAAAUUGUUGCCAUAUUGCUACCAGUUAUAAAAUAUUUUCCAUGACUCAUUCCUAGAUCCCAUGACAGAAACUUUCAGACUUUGUUAUGGGAUACUGUCUCAAUACCUCCCCUCCCCCCAUAGUUGUUGAUACACUCAUAACCCUGGCCACAGCAUAUCCAGUGCCUUUCCUCUGCAGUAGGGAACAUAUCACAGCUUCUUAUGUUCAGUUAGGUCCCUACUUGUAUUGUAGGGCUGGAGCAAGUUUAAUACACAUGAAUUUUGGGUGUCAUUGAAAAAUGUAUGUGUUUUCUUAGUACAGGUCAUCUGCCUCCAAAGCAGGUAUCAUUGCCAAGUAAAAGUAAAGAUGACUAGAAACCUUAAGCAAGAGGCCAUCGGUGCUAGGGACAAGUUGCACCUGUACUCAGAAUUUAUAUUACAUUACUGUUUAUGCAUUUUUCAAAGCCCCUUAUCUCAGCACGUCAGCGCCCAGGAGCUGAAGUUAAUGGUAACUGUACAAGUUAUUCAUCACAUAUAAUCCAUAAAAGAAGAAACAAAAGAAUACUGACCAUUUCCAUGUACCGGUUGUUCAAAAUUCAUCCCAGUAUAUAUGUAUCCCUAAAACUGGAGAUCUCAAACAUUAGAUGGUUUGUUUGAAUGUUUAAUUUUAGUUAUGUCUUGAGUGUCUGUUCCAGAUACCUUUGUUAAUAUAGUGAUACUUGAAACUAGCACUGCCAGUAACAGUCAGGUUAUGGAUUAAUAUUAACACUAAGGAUAUCUGUCGUUAACAAGUGUGCCAGCUACAUAUUCUGCCUAUUAUUGCAAAUGAAACAGCUCUUUUGUGAUGCAAGUUUCUGAUAAUUUUACUCAUCUCAUGGUGCUUGUGGUGUGCAAGGAAAAAAACAUUCCAUUGCAAAGGUGCCCAUGAGGUGCCUUGGAGAUAUGAGAUAAACCAUGCAUUUGAGUUUUAUUCCAACUCAUUUUCAUAGUUCUCAUUGAUUGAAAAAUGUAAAAUGUGCUUAACAGAAAAGGAAAAAAAGUUGAGUUAAGCUGCCUGCCUGGGAAGUGUUGAUAAUGUUCAUAUGGAAAUCUGCCAUGGUGCGCUGAUGUUGCUUGUGAUGUUAAUGAUCUCUUACAAUGAUAACUAAUAGAGGCUCAUUGUAGGUCCAUCACUGCCAAGGUUUGGAAGCCAACAGUGUACCCACUGCCAUGCAUACAAGUGAAACUAAUGUUAAUUAAUAUUAAUUUAUUUUGCUGGACCAUGGUGUGAGAAGGCGUGUGUUCCUUAUACUCAGGGUUGUGGUAUGUUUGUACUCUCAAACUCAGAAAAUUUAUUAUUUAUAUCAAUUAUUCCAGAGCAAAAGUUUGAAGCCUGAUCAUUAAAGAGCAUGAGAGCACAAACAAUGACAUCAAUUAGCCCUGUGGUACAGUGUGUAGAAUAAAUGUGACAUGAAGAGAAA